AUGAACGAGAAAAAGAACACAAUUUUUAAGGGUAAGGGAUAUAUAUUGAAAGGUGUAAAUAAAGAAUUUAUUGACGAUAGAAAGAAAAGAGAUUCAUUUAUAGAUAAAAAGAAAAAGAAUAUUUUUAACAGAUUUAAUCCUUUUACAUUACCUUUAUUAGGUAAAAAUAAAUUAUGUGAGGUCGAUGAAAAAUGUGAUAUGAAAAAAAGCAAAAGUUUUGAUAAAUACAAAGAAGCAAAUAUUAAUAUUAAUGUACUGAAUGAGGGUGAGUUCAAUAGUUAUUUGUUAAGAAAUAGAGCAUUUAGAUUAACAUGGACUAGUAUUAUAGAAAAAAUAAAACAUGAAAUAGAUAUAGAAAUAUAUAAAAAUUUAAAUGAUGUAUUUGAAGAAAUAUAUCUAUAUUCUAUAUCGAACAAUGAAUAUCUUCCUUUGAUUUUAAUAACAGCUGGUACGAAUGUUGCUGACCAUGAAAUUAUUAUUGAUGCUUUAUCAUACGAAUUAAAGAUAUGGAAUAAUAAUAAAAAACAAAAAAAAAAAACACACACACACACACAUACAUACACGCAAAAAGGUUGUAUGAACCAAUCAGGCAAUUUAUUUGAUUAUGUACAUGGAGAAGGAAAGGAUUAUAUAUAUGAGAAAAUAAAACGAGAUAUGAACAAGGGAAAUACAAAUCAAAGUGAUCAUUUAUAUGAUAAGAUAAAUAUAAAUAAAUUAAAUUUAAUUCUUCGAGGUAAGGAAGAAUCGACACUUACCCUUAUGAACCGAACACAUGAGAGUAAAAAUCAAGAUAAAAAGAAGAAGAAGAAGAAAAGAAAAAAAAGAAAAGAAAGGAGAAUAUUCAAUGGCAAUAUUUGUAAUAGAGAUAGUAGUAUAUCAACUAAUAGUAAUUAUCAUAACGAUUUUCAUAAUGAUGAUGAUAAUUAUAAUGUGAAUAAUUUAUUAAAUGAAGAUAGUUAUGACGAUAAUGAUGAUGUGUAUGUAUGUUCUCUUAAUUCCAACACAUCGAAUAAUAUAAAUUCUGCUGUAUACAAUAUUUAUACACAAUUAUAUAGAGAUUAUAAAAUGCGAUAUUUUUUAAAAAAGUAUAAAAAGAAAAAUGGGAACAAUUAUAAUAAUGGUGUAAUAAAAAAUGCUUAUGUUUCAAAUGACACCAGAAAAAGAACCCGGAAUUAUAGUAACAGUAGUAAUUCGUAUAAUUUAAAUAGGGAUGAUAUAGAUAACGAUUGUGAUGACGCGUGUGAUGUUAGUAAUCAUAAUUCUUUUGUUCGUUUGAGUUUUUUAAACAAAGAAUUUAGAGAAGAUAACAAAGUGAUAAAUAAGAAUAUGGUUAAUAUAGAUAAGUUGAUAGAUCUAUAUAAGAAAAUGAGUGAAUUGAAUAUGAAAAAUAUAUCUGAAGAGGAGAUGGAAGGGUUAAGUAAAAAAAGAGUAUUUAUAAAUAAAUAUAAUUCGGAUAAUAUAUAUAAUAUGGAUGAAAUGUAUAAUGUUAUGAAUUCAAAAGAUGUUAUGUUUACAUCUCCAAAGGGCGGAUAUAAGAAUAGUAAAGGAUCUGGUAUAUAUAAAGAUAUAAAUGAAGGUAAUAAUUCUUUUAUAAAAGAGUAUGGGCCUCUAGAAUUAUAUAAUAAACAAAAUAAUUAUUUUAAUGACGGUCGAAAAAAGGUUCGUAUUAUAAUAUUGAUACAUGAUUGUGAAUAUUUUAAUAUAAACAUAUUAAAUGGUAUUUUAAAUAUAUUGAUUAACUUACGUAUUGACAAUAAAAUAUGUUUGAGUGUUAUAUUAGGUGUAUCGACACCUUCCUUUUUUUUUAAUAGAAUUACAACACCGGAUACCCAAAGCAAAUUAAGAAUAAAAACAGUUGAUAUUUUAAAUAAUAAAUUGAUGUGUGAUCGAAUAUGUAAUAUUUUGUUAUUUGAAAAUUUAUUACCAUUUAUAUUAAAUUUUAAGACAGUGCAUGCAAUUAAAUUAUUAUUACAUAAAAACAAUCAAUCUAUAAGUCAUUUAAUACAUAUAUUAUAUAUAUUGACUAAAGAAUUUUAUGAUAAUAAUAUUUUGUCCUUCUUAUGUAUACCGAUGAAUUAUUAUUUAAAUAUAAAUACAGAUCAUGAUGAUGAAGAGAAAGAUAAAAUGGAUUCAAAUUAUUCUACAUAUACUUAUGUUCGUUCUUAUCAAGCGAAUCUUUCGAAUUUUUUCAAGUAUGAUAUAAGAAAAGUACAUCAGAAAAUCAUAUCUUUAUGUUACUCAUCCAAUUUGUAUUAUCGUCAUUUGUCGUAUAUAAAAAAAAAAUAUUCUACUAUAUUAAUAAAGAAUUAUUUUCAAUUACAUGGUCCGGAUUCUGUUGUGCACACACCACGCCACUCGGAUGACGAGCCUGAGUUUUUUAAUUUAAAGAGUAAGAAGGUAGAUCAUAUGAAGAAAAAUAGGAAUAUUCAAGUGGUAGAUAAGGAGGUGUCUUCUGUAAAUAAGAAUACUAUUAAUGGUGAAGUUAAUGGUGAUAUUAAUGGUGAUAUUCGUGGUGAUAUUCGUGGUGAUAUUCGUGGUGAUAUUCGUAGUGAUAUUCGUGGUGAUAUGCAUGGUGAUAUUCGUGGUGAUAUGCAUGGUGAUAUUCGUGGUGAUAUUCGUGGUGAUGUUAAUAAUAAUGUUAAUAGUAGGAAUAAUAAGAAGAUCGAUUUGGAUAGAGCUAGUUAUGCUUGGGAAUUCAAGACAAGAACAAUAAACUGGUGGUAUGAUCACCCCUUUAAAGAUUUAAUAUAUUUAUAUGAAAACGGAAGGGUGAGAAAUAAUAAUAAAGAAGAAAUAAUAGAUAAAUUAUUAAAUGAUGAAGAGAAUAAAAAAGAGAUAAUAGAUAAUAUGCAUAGUCAUAUAAAUGGUAAUAAUAAUUUAUAUGAUAUUGAGAACGUUAAAGAAAUAAAUAAGACUUUAUGUAGUUUUACAUUACCUUUAAAUGUAUUACAACUUAUUGAAAGGAAAUAUGCAUUUAAUAUAGCUAUAAAUUUAAUAAAUAUUAUUAUAAAGACUAAGUCUGAAUAUACGACAUCUAUAAAACGAAGUGAAUAUUUUAGAAAUUUAUUUCAAAAUUAUGAAAAAAUAAAAUGGAAUGAAAAUAAGAAUAUAUUAUAUAUUGAAGAAUUAUAUAAUAUUGUUGAAAAGGAUGUAAAGAAAUGUAUCAACUUUUUAAUUGAUAUGAUGACUCCUUAUUAUUUUAAAAAUCAUCAAGUUUUAUUAAAUGUAUUUAAAGAAUUCAAAGAAUAUUAUACAAAUAUAUAUCCUAUUGUUUAUAAUUUAGAAGAUUAUUUAUAUUUAUUAAAAGAAAAAGAAUAUAAAAAACAUAAAGAAUUAUUUAUUAAUGAUGAUUUUUCAAAAACGUGUACUUAUUCUAUAUCAUAUUCUAUAUACUUUUCUCUCCUUUCACGUUUGGAUGAUAUGUUAGAGAUGCUUCGAAACGUAAUUCGUAUGGAAGAAAAGGAGAAGAAAAAAACAAACCAAGGUCCAUCAUUUGAUGACAAUGCCGUUUAUAUAAAAGAAAAUAUAUGUUUUAAUAAUUUAUCGAGCAAAAGGGAAGAACAUGUAGAUGAUUCGAGUUGUGUAUUACACAUGAGUAGUUAUAAACAUGAAAAUGAAAAAAAAGAAAAUGAAAAAAAAGAAAAUGAAAAAAAAGAAAAUGAUAAACAAUUUUUUAUGCAAGGAGACGAUCAUCUUAGUGAAGAUGACAGAGAAGCGUACGAUGAAGUAGAAGAAGAACAACAUAAUAAUAUACAAAAUAAUAAUUCUGUUAAUUAUAAUAAUGGAUAUAAUUCUGCACAUGAUAUUUGUACUAGUAACACAACAAAAUAUUUUCCUUCCAAUAAUAUAAACAUACACGAAAUAGAUAACAAGAAAAAAAGAUUUAAAAGAUAUUUAACAAUAGAAAAUAAAAGUUUGAAAAAGAAAAAAAAUGAGGAACAUAAUAUAAAUGCAGAAGAUAUAUCUAAUUGUAUAAAUUUAUUUAUACAUGACUAUAUAUAUUUAUUACUUUUACCUCCUAUAUCUUAUCAUCCUUUAGCAUAUGAAUUAAUUCUUCAUAAACCUGAUAAAGAUUUUACAAAUAUUAUGACAAGAGAUAUAAAAAAAGAAUUAUUAACAACCUUAUGUUAUACAAACCCAUAUAAAACAGGAAACUUAAUGUGUUCAUCAUGUUGUCUUUUUAAAGAUAACCCUUACAAUAGUAAUCCUGAAAAUAAUAUUAUUACAAAUAAUAAAAUAUAUCUCAAUCCUAUAUAUGAUAAUAUAUCUACAUUAGAAGAUAUGGUUAAUCUAUAUCGAGCUUAUGAAAAGUGUAACAAGACAAUUGAUUUGUAUAACCUUUUUAUAUUAUACUUAAAUAUUAAGGUGGAUAAAUAUUGGGGAUAUUCAAUAAAGGACAAAAAUAAAAUCAACAACAACGACAAAAACAACGACAAAAACAACGACAAAAACAACGACAAAAACAACAACAAAAACAACAAAAACGACAAUAAUAAUAAUGACUGCAGGGAUAAGGAAGAUAUAAAAUCACCACAUUUAUGCAAAAUGAAAAAUGCACAAACGGAAAAUUUAGCUAACGACAUAUUACAAGAAUAUUAUUUAAAAUUUAUUAUAACUAUUAAUACAUUCUGCUCAUUCCUAAAAAUUUUAAAGCCUCCAAAUGUUUCGGCUCUAUUAAAUUAUAAUGAGAAAAAUGGAAAUAACGAUGAUUAUUAUGAAGACGAGGAAUAUUAUAACACAGACAAUAAUACAAAUAAUCUUGGAAAAGGAAGCAAAAAAAAAUCGAGUGACAACUAUAAUAGCUCACAAGAAUCCAUCAUACAAUUUUUAAAAGAAAUUAAAAAAUCAUUACAAGGAUGUACUAGUAAAAAAUUAUUAUUUGGAAAGUUGUAUUAUAAUCAUAUUAUAGCUUCAAGAGAAUAUUUCUUACAAAACCUUAUGGAAAAAAAUAAUGAAUAA